UCCUUUUUUCGGCUGGUGUUCUUGGCUCCGGCCACAUACCCCAUCGAUAUCCGCGACCGCCGACCGGACCCUCAAUGUCGAGCUGUUUGUCAUCCAACAACAGCUAUCACUUCAGCCCAUCGUGGCCUUGGAAUUGCUGGCCGACUUGCCUCCCACAGAUGGGCUGUGCCAAUGCCAGCGGGUGAAUCAUUGACCACCAUUUCGGCUGUUGAUGUGGUUUGUUGGAACCUCUUCUUGGUUUCUCGCAUCGCUAACAACGCGCUCAGGAAUGGUCGGCAACUGGCACGACUACAGUCCGCUCGCAGUCAGGUUCAGCAACGUUGCGACUUUCGUAGCACCUAGCCCCUCAGAGCCCUUCUUGUUUCCUGUUGAAGCUGCCGGGUUACCUUACCGUACCACACUGCACUCCAUUGGGCCCCUCAUCUGGGUUCGCUCGGGAGCCAUGCAUGCUUUUGGCGCAUUUGCAGCAGAAACAAUUAGCCUAGCUUCGUGGCAGCUUCUGACUCCCCAGCUGCCCCCCCACGGCCGGCCCAUGGCUGCAUUUUCGAUUCGACGCCUUCGGUUGCAUGACCUGGUGGUUUCGCAUGCAUUGCCGAGAUGCCCAAUGCCUUCUAGCCUUAGUUGCGAGCGUGAGGCUGGGAUCAUCACUCUUUUCUCAAGACCGACCAGAGCUCUCGACGCUUCCAUUGUCGGCCAAGUGGCUGCCACGUUGAGGGAGAAGGCCGCGGGCAACGUCUGCUUAUCGAUCAGACCAAGAUUUGAGCUCUAGUCUCUGGUUCCAGCCACAAAAUCGCAACAUUAUAUCCCUCUCGUGUGCUCACAUAUCUGAACAUCGCUCCUGUCCGCAGCAUAACGAAUGCGCGCAAGGCAAGCCUGAAAGCGCACCGCAUUCUCGGACUACCAGCUGUCGUGGAAUUG